CUCUCUCUCUCUCUCUCUCUCCGCUUCUCCGACUUCUUCUUUUCUUUCUCUCUCUCUCCCUCUCCUUCUCCGCUCUUCGAUCGGGAACAGCGAAGCCUUCGAAGGAAACUGAGAGGAUGGCAGCCAUGGUGAGCUCGGCGAGCGGCUUGCUGGCCAUGCUUGGGGAACAGCACCCUGCGCUCAAGCUCCACGCCCUUCACCAGCUCAAUUCUCUCGUGCAUCUCUUCUGGCCUGAGAUCUCUACCAGCGUGCCUACCAUUGAAAGUCUUUACGAAGAUGAGGAGUUUGAUCAGAGGCAACUAGCUGCUCUAGUCGUUUCAAAGGUCUUCUACUACCUUGGUGAACUCAAUGACUCAUUGUCAUAUGCACUUGGUGCUGGUCCCUUGUUUGAUGUAUCUGAAGAUUCAGAUUAUGCUCAUACUCUCCUUGCCAAAGCAAUAGACGAAUAUGCAAGCCUAAAAUCAAAAUCUGUCAAACCUAGUGAUGAUGAAGCUAUGGUGGAUCCUAGAUUGGAGGCAAUUGUGGAAAGAAUGCUGGAUAAGUGUAUUUUGGACGGGAAGUAUCAACAGGCUAUGGGAAUGGCUGUGGAAUGCAGAAGAUUGGAUAAGCUAGAGGAAGCAAUUACGAGCAGUGACAAUGUUCAUGCAGCACUUUCUUACUGCAUCAACCUUUCUCACUCUUUCGUCAAUCAUAGAGAGUACCGCUGUGAGGUUCUUCGCCUUAUUGUUAAAAUUUAUCAGAGGUUGCCUUCUCCUGAUAUCUUGAGCAUUUGCCAAUGUCUCAUGUUUCUUAAUGAGCCUGAAGCUGUUGCAAACAUAUUAGAGAAGCUCUUGGUGUCUGGAAACAAGGAUGAAGCUCUCCUAGCUUAUCAGAUUGCUUUUGAUCUAGUAGAGAAUGAGCAUCAAGCAUUUCUCCUCAGUGUGCGAAACCGCCUCCCAGACCCUAAGACUCUUGCUGUAAAUCGUGCUGCUCAACCCGCAGAAACAAUUGAUCAGGGGACUAGUGAAACUAGUUCCCAGAAUGAAAAUAGAAAUGCAGAGCCGGGGGAUGUCCACAUGUCAGAUGCUUCUAUUGCUACAAGCUCUAACACUCAUAUUGCAGAUCCAAAUGAGGUUUCAUAUGCUGAAAAGCUCACCAAACUCAAAGGGAUUUUAUCAGGGGAGACAUCAAUAAAGCUGACAUUACAAUUUCUGUUCAGCCACAACAAAUCGGAUCUUCUAAUACUAAAGACAAUAAAGCAGUCUGUGGAAAUGAGGAACAGUGUCUGUCACAGUGCUACCAUAUGUGCCAAUGCUUUAAUGCAUGCAGGAACAACUGUGGACACAUUUCUCAGAGAAAACCUGGAGUGGCUGAGUAGAGCAACUAAUUGGGCAAAGUUCAGUGCUACUGCUGGGUUGGGAGUUAUUCACAGAGGCCAUCUUCAACAAGGGAGGUCUCUGAUGGCACCAUACCUGCCUCAAAGUGGUGCUGUGGGUGGUGGAAGUCCGUACUCUGAAGGUGGUGCUCUCUAUGCUUUAGGUUUAAUUCAUGCUAAUCAUGGCGAGGGCAUCAAACAAUUCCUUCGUGAUAGCCUUCGGAAUACUAGUGAUGAGGUUAUCAAGCAUGGAGCGUGCUUAGGCCUGGGCCUUGCAGCUCUGGGAACAGCUGAUGAAGAGAUAUAUGAGGAUGUCAAGAAUGUCCUCUAUACUGACAGUGCUGUGGCUAGUGAGGCUGCUGGUAUUAGCAUGGGAUUACUUAUGGUCGGUACUGCUAGUGAGAAGGCAAGUGAAAUGCUUGCCUAUGCACAUGAGACACAACAUGAGAAGAUCAUUAGGGGAUUAGCACUUGGAAUUGCCUUAACGGUUUAUGGAAGAGAAGAAGAAGCUGAUACCUUGAUCGAACAAAUGACGAGAGAUCAAGACCCAAUACUUCGGUACGGUGGUAUGUAUGCCUUAGCCUUGGCCUACAGAGGAACAGCAAACAACAAGGCCAUUCACCAGUUGCUACAUUUUGCGGUGUCGGAUGUCAGUGAUGAUGUACGCCGGACUGCAGUUCUAGCCCUUGGGUUUGUGAUGUACUCUGAACCUGAGCAGACUCCAAGGAUUGUCUCUCUCCUAUCUGAAUCAUAUAACCCUCAUGUGCGUUAUGGUGCGGCACUUGCAGUAGGCAUUUCUUGUGCAGGAACAGGGUUGAGUGAAGCCAUUUCUCUGCUUGAGCCCCUCACAUCAGAUGUUGUUGAUUUCGUUCGUCAGGGUGCCCUUAUAGCUAUGGCUAUGGUUAUGAUUCAAACAAAUGAAUCGUGUGACUCUCGUGUGGGAACAUUCAGGCGACAGUUGGAGAAAAUAAUCCUUGAUAAACAUGAAGAUACAAUGAGCAAGAUGGGCGCUAUUUUGGCUUCUGGUAUUCUUGAUGCUGGUGGGCGCAAUGUGACAAUCAGACUGCUUUCUAAAACUAAGCAUGAUAAGAUAACAGCUGUGGUUGGUCUUGCAGUUUUCAGCCAGUUCUGGUACUGGUAUCCUCUCAUUUAUUUCAUUAGUCUUUCAUUCUCCUCCACCGCAUUUAUUGGACUCAAUUAUGACCUGAAAGUCCCAAAAUUUGAGUUCUUGUCCAAUGCCAAGCCUUCUCUGUUUGAAUACCCUCGUUCAACCACACCGCCCACAUCAACUUCAACAGUUAAGUUGCCUACUGCUGUGCUAUCAACAACUGCUAAGGCAAAAUCAAGAGCCAAGAGAGAUGCUGAGCAGAAAGCUAUUGCUGACAAAGCCAGUGAAAAAACAAGUGGAGAGAAGUCAACCGAGAAAGGCACUGGUGAAGAUGGUUCUACUGGUUCCAGUUCAGGGAAGGGACAAAAACCUUCUGAGAAAGAUGCAGAUUCAAUGCAGGUUGAUGGUGCAACGGAAAAGAAGGCAGGAACGGAGCAACCUUUUGAAAUUCUGACAAAUCCAGCCAGGGUGGUUCCAGCACAAGAAAAGUACGUCCGAUUUUUAGAUGGUAGCAGAUAUGUGCCAGUUAAGCUAGCACCUUCUGGGUUUGUGCUUCUUAGGGAUCUCCAGCCCACUGAAGCGGAAGUACUUGCUCUCACUGAUACACCUUCAACAACCCCCGCAGCGGGCACUGGGUCUACGACAGCUCAACAGGGAGCAGCAGCACCAGCAUUGGCUGUGGACGAUGAGCCCCAACCUCCACAACCAUUUGAGUAUACUGCGUGAAUUGACCAGAGGACCAUUUGCUUGGGAGGGUCUGAUGUGGUUCAGUGCUUCAUAUAGAGACAAGACAUUCAAGUCCGGGCUCUUUACCCAUAAGUUCUUUGUUUUUUUAUUAUUAUUUCCAUAGGUAGUUUAAUUUUUAUUGGGGGAAAGAAAUGUACACGAAGAAGACGGUUGGACCACCCGGGGAACUUUCAAUUGGUUCAAUGGGGCGUGCAUGGUUCUCUUUCUCUCUCUGUCUCUGAGUGUGGCAAAAUGAUACAAGUGAUGGCUGCAUCAAAUGUGAACCGCCAGCCAUGCCUGCUCUGAACAUUUGUUUCCUUUCUGUAGUCAUCAAUCAGCAGCACAUUAUUACAUUCAAAAACAGGACUUGCUGAUGUUUUAAAGACUUUUGUUAAAAGGGUCGUGGUUUUAUUGAAGACUUUCUUUAUGUACUUUUUUUGGAGUGCAAAACUGAGUUGUAACUGCUCUGUUUCUGAUAUUUGUUAUUCUUGUAUGCUGGACUGGGAGUUCCACUUACACUUUAGUUAGAAGAUUCUGAUCAAGCAAA